AUGGCUAGGAAUAACAAGAGGCUGCGAGCUUCGGCAGCAAGAGCCAGGCCUAGCAAGCGACAGCGCAACAGAAGGCUCCCCGGGUCUGCGGCAGGAAGGCCGAAUCGGUAUAUGAUGACUUCCGCAAUCACCCGUCAGUGGACGGCAGCAGAAGUAGCUGCCCACAUGGUGGGUAUACCUAACGGCGGCAACGCAGGGGCUUCUUCUGGCGCCGGGAACCAAGCAGCCGCCGACCCCCCUCGCACGCCAGCGAACCAGGACCUGCCGCCGCCGCCCUCGGCGGGGCCCAGCAACUGCGGGUCGAUGACGUCGUCGCGGUUCCGGGACGUGAUCAUGACGCUGCUGAGCGGGGACCGCCGCGCCGGCGUCGACUGCCAGACGCGGCGCAACAUCGUGGACGCCAUCGUGCGCGGGAGGCGGCGGACGCAGCUGUUCCGGCAGAGGCGGGACGACGAGGAGGCGCGGCGCAGCGAGGAGAGGAGGGAGCGCAGGGAGAGGAGGGAGAGGAGGAGAGAGGAGUAUCUGCGCCGGUGGCAGCUGCUAAGGGACCAGGCUGCUGCUGCUGCUGCUGCUGUUGCCGCUGGUGGUGGUGCUGAAGCUGGUGGUGCUGAAGCUGGUGGUGCUGAAGCUGGUGGUGCUGAAGCUGGUGGUGCUGGUGCUGGAGCUGGCCCUGGCCCUGCCGCUGACCCUGCUGUCAAUGUCGCCGACGCUCAAGCCGCCAGCCAGGCUCUCAACCAGGCCAUCAACAACCAAGGCCCUGCCCCGGCCCCCAGUGUCAUCGCCGCCAGCCAGGCGGGCUCGGGGAAUAUCCUGCCCAGCCCGAGCCCGAGCGCCAUCGAGUUCUACAUGGACGGCUCGUCGUCGUCGAACGGCGAUGGUUCUGACGAUGGCUCUGAUGAUUCAAGGGUGAAUCUGCUGCAGUUCAACAUCUUCAAUAUCGAGCGUAUUGAGACGUGCAAUAUUCGCGCUAAGUAG